CCCCACGCUCUCCUCCCUCUAUCAUCAGGUCACGCGCCGUGUGCAAUACUUUUCCUUCCACCACGUAAUCCACACCGUCCAUUGGACGCGUGUGACAGUUCCGUUUUUCAAAAGCCGAAAGGUGUGUAAAUUCUUGCUUCACCCCUCGCGCAACCCGAUUCUAUUAACAACUCCUCUUUUCAGGCUCUCUUCUCUCUCUCGCGGCUGUGUAGUGCGUUCUUUUUGCCCCUCAUCUUGCGAUCAUCUGGAAGGAAGAUGAAGGUUUUCGUGAAGACUCUCAAAGGAACUAGCUUCGAAAUCGAAGUUAAGCCUGAGGAUACGAUUGCUGAUGUGAAGAAAAACAUAGAAACCAUUCACGGUGAUGCUUAUCCUGCUGCCCAGCAGAUGCUUAUCCAUAAGGGUGCGGUCAUGAAAGACGGGACCACUUUGGAAGAAAACAAAGUUGCUGAGAGCAGUUUUAUUGUCGUAAUGUUAUCCAAGGUACCACAAUCGAUUGUUCCUCCAGUUACAGGUCAAGCAUCAUCUGUCACUGCUGCUCCGGCAGCAGCACCUCCUCAACCUCCACCUCCUGCUGCUGCGAUGCCUGCAACUGCGCCGGUUGGAGUUUCCAUUCCAUCGGUUACUGCAGGGUCCGAAGCCAAUGUCUAUGGCCAAGCUGCAUCUUCUUUGGUUGCUGGAAACAAUCUUGAAGGAACUAUUCAGCAGAUACUUGAUAUGGGUGGAGGAUCUUGGGAUCGAGACACAGUUGUUAGAGCUCUCCGUGCUGCUUAUAAUAACCCUGAGAGAGCUGUUGAGUAUUUGUAUUCUGGUAUCCCCGCGUCAGCUGAAACUGUAGCUAUACCGAGCAGAGCUCCAGGGAAUGCACAGUCGGCAGCUUCACCAGCUCAACCUCCACAAGUUGCACCACCUACAACUGCUUCUCCUGGGGGACCAAAUAUUAACCCAUUAAACCUCUUUCCCCAGGGAGUACCCAAUGUGGCUUCAAAUCCGGCAGGUGGGCGGCCUUUAGAUUCUCUUCUUAACAGCAGCCAGUUUCGAGCAUUGCGAGCGAUGGUUCAGGCCAACCCUCAAAUUUUGCAGGUUUCGUACAAUCUUAUCUAGUUUAUAGAGCUUUUAUGAUCAAGCAAUGGACUUAUUCUUUUCUGCGUUUUCAGCCAAUGCUUCAAGAGCUUGGGAAACAAAAUCCUCAACUGGUGAGGCAUAUACAAGAGAAUCAAGCAGACUUCCUACGCCUUCUUAACGAAUCCCAGGAAGGAGGAGAGGGGUACUUUCUCGUAUUAGACAACUUUACUUGAUUAUUGACAGAAGAAAAUGGUCAUCUUCUAAUGAUACUUAUGCUUAAAAUGAUUUCAGGAAUGACUUGAUUAAUCAGCUAAUGGGUGGGGCAAUGCCCCAAGCAAUCCAAGUAACGCCCGAGGAACAAGAAGCCAUAGGACGUGUGAGUUCUUUUCUUUUCUUUUCUUUUUCUUUUUCUUUUCCCUCUCUACUUCGAACCUUGAACAACUUUGGAAGCGUUUACUUACUAUGUUAGAUAAUUUGGUGAUAUUCUUAGUUUACUGACCGCUAAGUGAGAGGAUUGUUUACCUGAUCUCAGUAAAAGAUUUUCUACAGCUCACAUGUAGUAUUCUCAUAGAUGGUAUUUUGGAGUUAUAGUUGUUGCUAUUGCUUUGAUGAGAUUGCUAGAAGGCUUUUUCAUUAAUGUGGUCUUUCUCUGUCUCUUACCAGCUUGAAGCGAUGGGAUUUGAUCGAGCACUUGUGUUGGAGGUCUUCAUUGCGUGUAACAAGAACGAGGAGCUGGCUGCUAACUAUCUUUUAGAUCACAGCCAUGAGUUUGAGGAGUGACAUUACAAGCUAAUGUGGGUCUUCUCUCCCCUUCUCCCCCUCUCCCCAACUCCCCUUCUUCAUCUUCGUGAACUCUUUGGCACUUGGUACAUUCGUUCCCUUCUCAUUGGAAUCUUUGUGGUCCUUGUUGACAAUUGGAGACGGACUUGGGAGCUUAGAAAAUUUUACUAGUACUUUUGAUUCGUAGCUGUCAUACUCCUCCCCGGUCUAUCAUUUCUGUUGGUUUCGUUUCUCUUGGGUUUUACCCCAUUGCUUGAAAUGAAAUGGCUCUUAGUAGGUAGCAAGCAAUUGUCCCAAAGUUGGGGAAAUUGUUGGUAUUGGUUUCAGUCUUUCAGUAGCUUGUUAAAUGUUAAGUCACUGUGUCGGAGAAAAAUUAACACAAACCACCUGACCCAAAGGAGUCACCUAUUCAUGUACAAUCUAACCUAUAUAGUUCUAAGUUACCACAAAUUAAGAGAAAUCUAGGAAAAAUUGUUAUGAUGAACAUCAAUCAGUUCUUUUUCAGCCUCAAAGGAUUCUGUGUUUUUUGACAUUAAGAUACAGAAAAUGAUAAUGCAUUGUAGAAUUCAAACAUGUAAAUCAUGUACCAUACGGAGAUAAAACAACAAUCCAAACAUGACUUAGAGAAAGGAUAAUGGUCGAUAGCUGAAUUCGUGGACUGCCUUUGAAGAGCGACACUGGACCAUCCCCUCUCAUUCCCUGCCAAACUAUUUACAAGCACAGAAUUUCACAAGA